AUGUGCUCCGUCAGCCUCAUGAAAAAACCCAGAGGAGAGCGCCCCCUGUCUGCUGACCCUGUGAUUAACGACUCUACUCCAUUAUCAGGGCGGAGCGGGAAUAGAACCGUCAACUCCACCUGCGGCAGUGCGACAGUGAUGAAGAGGGGCCUCCUCCCGGGGUCAGAGGGCAAACCCGGGACUGUGGACCGCACACAAGCCUCGCUGAAGAGUAAUGGGCUCUAUCCAUCAUCCUGCCUGCUCCUGCCUGCACCAACCCCACUCGGAGCUCCUCAAAUCGGGUUAGCUCAGUCCCAGAGGCCCCUGUGGCUCUGGGGGUGGUCCCUGGUGGUCCCUAUCCCCCAGUUAAACAAGAGUCAGGUUUAUGGAGAAGCUCUCUGUAAAGACCAUAGAGGUGGAGCGUUCGGUUCCAGUCAAAUGAAGCGCAUCGAAGCUGGCAGUUAUCAGGGUGAAUUUAAAGCCGAGUCCAUAUUUGGAAUUCAGACCGCAAAGUCCCUGUCGGUGUCUUGUAUCAUCAGGGAAACCUGUUUCCUGCCCUGCAGCAUUGAUGAUCAGAUCUCAACUCUCCACUGGGCCAAACACGAAGGAAGCUUAGUGGUUCAUGGUUUCCAGUACGACGCAGAGUGGCUUGAAAAGCAGGCUCUGACCUUUAGGGGGCGCACUUCUUUAUUUCUGGAGCAGUUCUCAGGAGGAAACGCCUCUCUCCAGCUGUCGGAUGUGAAAGUGUCUGAUGAAGGCACCUACCGCUGUCUCGCAGUCUCUGCUUCUGGCUUUGGUCAGGAGUUAGAUGUUCAUCUGAGCGUAGAAGGUCCUGUGGCGUCCGUGCUGAUGGAGCUUAAAGGAGAUGUUCUGGUCUGCAGCUCUGAGGGCAUCUACCCUCAGCCCAACAUGAGCUGGGCCCCUGACUCCGCCCACCAAACUCGGAUGCAGCCGAUGGAGAACCAGCUCUACUCCAUCAGCAGCUCGCUCAGCUUUGACCCCGACCCUCCUCAGCGUUACACCUGUAACGUCAGCACGCACCACAGCUGGAAGAGCGCCACCUACAGCCUGCACCCUCCAGUGGAAAUGUCCUCAAACGUGACCCUCCCCUGCUCCAUCUCCUCGGCUCCAGUGAAGAGCCUGAAGUGGACCUUCAACUACAUCCACAACAUCCUGAGCCAGAGCGAAGAAAAUGUGACCUACGCCACCCCCUGGAGGCCAUUUGUGGUGGGCGUGUCAAAGUCGGGCAGUUUGAGUCUGAAGGAGCUGAGUCCAGAGAAAACGGGUGUGUUCCUCUGUGAAGGCCACACAGACGACCACAUCUACAUCUCCAGGACCCAACUCAAACCAACCAAAGGACCAGCAGAUCCCCCUGUUUCUUCUGCUACUGUGAGUGGAGUCACAGUCUUUCUCCUCCUUCUCGUUAUCAUCACCAUCGUCAUCGUCAUCGGCUUCUUCCUCUGGAGACGUAAAAAGGUCAAAGAGGUGAGAAGAUCCUCCAGAGAAGCUCCAGACCAGCCCCUCAGCACACUGCUGUUACACAUAUACAGUCAAUUUAUGCAUUAA